AUGGCAACAGCUAGCAAGGCACUUUGUGAAGGCUCAACAAAAUCAUUAGUUCUAUUCCUAUUUAUUGUGCUUCUCUUGCUUGUUACUCUCUUUGAUCUCCGUCCUUACACAGACCUUUCAAAGAUAUCCAAAGCUCAUGACUACUCCUCCUCGGCCAGACGACUGCUUCUGCAAUAUCCUCCUUCAACACAACAAUCCGCCAUGGAAUUGCAUCCAGAACGAAGUAAUAGUUCUAGGAAUCGACAAUAUGAAGCUGCCGCUCAUGAAGUUCCUAGUGGUCCCAAUCCCAUAUCGAACAAGUAA